AUGGAGUCUGUUCCGGAUUUUAGCAGUAUUAUCCACUCACCAUCAUUCACCUUCCUUGUCGGCCCACAACAUACGAAGCUGACAAUCCAGUCGGGACUCGCCCAGCAUGUCUCCAAACCACUGCAUAAUCUCAUGAACGGCCCGACGAGGGAAUCAAAACACCGAAUUGCCGUUCUGGAAGAAGACGAUGUUGAAACCUUUGUCGCUUUCUGCGAGUAUGCGUACACUGGCGAUUAUAAUGUGCCUCGUCCUGAGCCGGUCCAGGAAGGUCACAGGCAUGGAGUAGUCGCGAGUUCGCCGAGUACUACCACCUGGAGAGAGCAUUACCGGUCUGGUUCAAUCGCGUCAACUGUGCCACCCCCAGCUCCGUCACCGCCUCCACAGUAUCGCCAUAGGGGACAGGAAGCGUACCGUCAGUCUGCGGCUUCGCCCGAGCCGCCAAUGGCUCAGCUCGUGUCUGAACCUGCGCCCGCUGAGGCCAAGGAGCCCGUUACUCCAACCAAUGCGCCAGAGCCUGAGGUCGAGUCGGCUCCAGUGCCCGAGGCUCCAGCCGAUGCAGCAGAGCCAAAGCCAGAGACAUGCCACGAAGUGGAGGUUGCACCAGAGCCACCAGCCGAGCAUGUGCCUGCCAACGAGGAAUGGGCAGGUCCGACCGAAGAACCUCUAUCAUGGGAGCCAGAAGAACCUAAGGCAAGCAAGAAGAAGGUAAAGAAAGGGAAGAAGGGCAAAAAGCAAACAGAGCUUGUCGAAGAAGAACUUCUCACACCAGCUGAACCUGUUAGCCUUACACCGCCAUCAACACCACCUCCAGAAGUUUCUGCUGAGCCUCUUCCAGAGCCAGAAGUAGAGCUCGUUGAAGAAUUAGCUUCAGCAGAACCAAAACCAAAACCAGAACCAGAACCAGAACCAGAAGUAGAACCGACCAAGUAUUAUGAACAGCCAGCCGAAGAACCUGCACCUGCUGAGGAACAGCCUGCACCCAUUGCGGAGGGAUCGAUGGAAAGUUCAUGGACUCAAGACAGAGGCUCAGGCACAAGCAUGCAAACCCAGCGCCAAAGACCAAUGCUCGACAUGUCCUUCGCGCAACAUCAAGUCUCCUCACCCUGCGAGCCAGGGCUCAGCCUAUGGGAUGAGUUCACAUCUCUCCAAUACAACGACGAGCCAUCCACCUCCAAGCCCAGCCCAGUCGAGGCACCAAGCACCGAUCUCCCCUACAUCACGUUCCACGCAAAAGUCUACGUCUUCGCCACCCGGUACCUAAUCCCCGCUCUCGCUCAGCUCUGUCUCCGAAAGCUGCACCGCGACCUUCUCAUCCUCUCCUCGAUAGAUGUCGAAACUGCCGAUCCAAGCGACUCCCAAAUUCUAGACGGCUUGGCAGCAAUCAAGGCGCAGAUGGUGCUAGAGCUGGUGCACUAUGCCUACACGAAGACGGCCCGGUUGGAGCCGAUAUCGCCGACGUCCGCGACGCAGCUUCGGGAGAACGAGCUUCGCCGACUGGUGGUGCAUUAUGCGGCAUGUAACGUGAAGGAAUUAGCACGGUAUCAUUCGGGCGAUGAUUCGGUUUCGGCAACUCCUGCUUUGCGGCCGGUGGAUGCGAAGGUGGAGCGGGUUGAAAAUUCCACUUCCCCUAAGAGUCUUCGUGCUUUGUUGGAUUUAACAACGGAGCUGGCCUCUGAUCUUGUCUACCGCAUGAUGUGA